AUGUCUACGAAACUCGUGGUGACCGUUUUCACACGGAUUUUACGAGAUUUUGAAGACAAUAGGACGGUGGGCACAGCAAGGCGUAUGACCACAAUGGCUCAACCGAUCAUGUAUUCGGGCCAGCACGAACUGGUCGAACUAAUUCGCAAUCCCACGGGGCCGAUAAAGAAAAACAAAAUUGACCGGUUACGUAUAUUGGCCACGAGUUUGCAAUGUACGUGCGCACAGCUGGCUAUCGCAUGGUGCUUGAAAGCACCUCACAUAAGCUGUGUGCUUCUUGGAGUUGCGACUGUCGACCAGCUUCAAGAGAAUCUCGAGGCCAUAGAAGUGUACCCGAAACUGACUGUGGAUGUUUUGGCAGAAAUUGACCUGAUCUUUUCUUCCGAUUCGUCUGAAAAUAGUAAUUUGGGGUUGGGGGUGGGGCGGGGCUUAAAGUUGGUGUGGGCCCCUGGUGGGGGGGGGGCUCCGCGCCACCCCCGCACCCGACGCACUCGGCGGGGUUUUCGUGCCAUUUAUCAUGCCAGGGGGGGGGGGGGGGGGGGGGGGGGGGGGGGGGGGGGGGGGGGGGGGGGGGGGGGGGGGGGGGGGGGGGGGGGGGGGGGGGGGGGGGGGGGGGGGGGGGGGGGGGGGGGGGGGGGGGGGGGGGGGGGGGGGGGGGGGGGGGGGGGGGGGGGGGUGUGGUGGGGGGGGGGGGGGGGUGGGGGGGGGGGGGGGGGGGGGGGGGGGGGGUGGGGGGGGGGGGGGGGGGGGGGGGGGGGGGGGUGGGGGGGGUGGGGGGGGGGGGGGGGGGGGGGGGGGGGGGGUGGGGGGGGGGGGGGGGGUGGGGGUGGGGGGGGGUUUGUUUGGGUUUGGGGUGGUGUGGUGUGGUGGGGGGGGUUGGGCGGGGGUUGGGGGGGGGGGGGGGGGGGGGGGGUGUGGAGGUUUACUGUGAUUCCGGCGCCCACCCCCCGGUCCCGUUCGAUGCAUCUCCGAUGCCACUCCCCGCUGGAAUUUUGUGCUCGCCCUGUCGAAAAUCUGUCGGCUCGGUGUCCCGGUGGGCCACAGAACAACUCCGCGGAGCCACCGAAUUGUCCGCGGGGAAAGCCCCAAGCGGAACAACCACCCACACAACACCCACAUAGGCAAUACUCAAACCCUGCCGGAAAGGGGGGAAAGAAAGCCAUAUGCUAUCGGGAAAACUCUUGUUUGUGUGUGUUGGAAAGAGCUCCGUGCAUGGGGGACUACUUAUUUUUACUUUUGCAUAUGGGUGCGGGGUGUGGGCAAGUAUAA